CCACACACCCACCAACCCACACACACGCGGAUCGCGUUACUGCAACUUACACAGCAGGUGCGCUGGUGUUAGAAGCGCUGAAGUAAUGAAAAAUUGCCAUGGAAGCCCAUUCACACAGCACUACUAAAUCUGAAAAGAAAAAAGUAGAAAAUUCCAUUGUGAAGGGAACUUCUCGCACAGAUGUCAGUGAAAAAGCUGUAGCCUCCAGUACAACGUCCAAUGGAUGGAGGCCAAUGGACCUGCAGGAUGUUUCCGCUUUAAGAGAUGCUCAAAGGGAAACUCAAAGGAGGAGAGGAACGCAUGAAGAGGAUGAGAGUCGUGGUCCAACCUAUCACAGAGAGAGAAGAAACGCAAUUGCAAUGCAACCACACGCUGGUGGGCAAAGCUUAAGUAAAAUCAGUGAGGAGCCAUCAACAUCCACUGAAGAUCGAGCUUCUCUAAUAAAGAAGGAGGCCCAUGGAUCUAUAUCACACAUACCUGAGCACUCUAUCCCUUACCGUGGGGCACUUUUUGCUAUGGAUCCGAGAAAUGGCUACAUGGACCCACAUUAUCCACCACACCCGCUUUUCCCGUCCUUCCACCCGCCUGUUCCAAUCGAUGUCCGACAUCACGAGGGACGUUACCAUUAUGACCCCUCUCCCAUCGCACCGCUACACGUGCCUCCCAUUUCAGGUAGUCCGGCGUUUUCUGACAUCUCGCUCAUCAGAAUUUCCCCACACCGAACGCCUACUGGUGCUUCAGAGCCAGUAUUUAACCCUCCUCACCCAUAUGUUAACCCCUAUAUGGACUACAUACGGUCUCUGCACAGCAGCCCUUCUCUGUCUAUGAUCUCUGCAGCCAGGGGACUCAGCCCUGCUGAUGAACUAUCUAAAGGAUGGAAUGUGUUUGGAUUUUCAGCACCCCAUGCUGCAGUCAGCCCAGCAGAAUACUACCACCAAAUGGCUCUGUUAGCAGGCCAUCGCAGCCCAUAUGGUGACAUCCUUCCUCCAGCCAAUGCCACCAGUGCCGGUGCUCUUCACAUGGAAUAUCUCCAUGCCAUGGAGGGCUCUCGAUUCCCCAGUCCCAGGCUGUCAGCCAGGCCAAGCCGAAAGCGUACACUCUCCAUAUCCCCGCUGUCUGAUCCCAACUUUGACCUUCAGACCAUGAUAAGAACUUCCCCCAACUCUCUGGUCACCAUCCUCAACAACUCCCGCAGCAGCUCCUCCACCAGUGGCUCCUAUGGCCAUCUCUCUGCUGGUGCAAUAAGCCCUGCUCUCAGUUUUCCAUACCCUGCUACGCCAGUUGCCAUCCAACAAAUGCACCACCAAAUAAUGAGUCGUCAACAGACCCUGGGCUCAGCAUUUGGCCACAGUCCUCCUCUUAUCCAUCCUGCUCCGACCUUUGCCACCCAGCGGCCAAUACCUGGUCUUUCCUCUGUACUGACCUCUGCACAGGUUACCUCUGUUCCUUCUGAAUCUGCACAGACCAAACCCACGAGUGAGUCUGCAGUGAGCAGUACAGGUGACCCAAUGCAACACAAGCGCUCCCGGAUCAAACCUGAUGAAGAGCUGCCAAGUCCAGGUGGAGGGAGUGAACAGGAACAGCCCGAAGGAAUGACACUGGUCAAAGAGGAGGUGGACAAGGAUGAAAGCAAGCAAGAGCCUGAAGUGGUCUAUGAGACCAAUUGCCACUGGGAAGGUUGUGCAAGAGAAUUUGACACACAAGAGCAACUAGUCCAUCAUAUCAAUAACGACCACAUCCAUGGCGAGAAGAAGGAGUUUGUUUGCCGGUGGCAGGAUUGCUCUCGAGAACAGAAGCCAUUUAAAGCCCAGUACAUGCUUGUGGUGCACAUGAGGCGACACACUGGGGAAAAGCCACACAAGUGCACUUUUGAGGGUUGUGCAAAGGCCUACUCCAGACUAGAAAACUUGAAAACCCAUCUGCGGUCUCACACUGGAGAGAAACCGUAUGUCUGCGAGCACGAGGGCUGUAACAAGGCUUUCUCCAAUGCAUCUGACAGAGCAAAGCACCAGAACAGAACUCAUUCAAAUGAGAAACCUUAUGUGUGUAAGAUUCCGGGCUGCACGAAACGUUACACAGAUCCGAGCUCCCUCCGAAAACAUGUAAAGACAGUUCAUGGUCCCGAGGCUCACAUCACGAAGAAACAGCGAGGGGAUAUCCACCCGAGACCACCACCCAGGGACCCAGGCAACCACUCCCAGUCCAAGUCACCUGGGCAUCUGCAUAGUGGCCUUGGGGAGCAAAGAGACAUGAACAACACUACCUCAAAGCGUGAAGAAUGUCUGCAGGUUAAGGCCAUUAAGACAGAGAAGCCAAUGACGUCUCAGCCAAGCCCUGGUGGUCAGUCUUCAUGCAGCAGUGAACCGUCCCCCCUCGGCAACAACUCCAGCAGUGGGGUCGAGCUCAAUCUGAACAGCGGGGGCAGUGUGGGAGAUCUCAGCGCCAUUGAUGAGGCACCAAUCAUGGACUCUACAGUUUCCACAGCAACUACAGCAUUAGGCCUUCAGGCCAGAAGGAAUUUGACAGGGACCAGGUGGAUGGAACAGCUAAAGGUGGAGAGGUUGAAACAAGUCAAUGGACUUCUACCCAGAGUCAACACUAUCCCAGCUACUAAAAACACAACUUUGCCUCCUCUUAUAGGAAAUGGCUCUCAGCUGGACAGCUCUAUUGUUGGAGGAUCCAUGACUAUAUUGCCAAAUAGAAAAGAACUUUUGAACUCAGAGAUCACAACGUUGAACAAGCUCAAUGAACGACGUGAUAGCACCACCAGUACUAUUAGCUCUGCCUAUAUGAGCAGCCGCAGGUCUUCUGGUAUUUCACCAUAUCUUUCCAGUAGAAGGUCCAGUGAGUUCUCCCAGGCUGAAGGCCGACUACACAACCUGAGUGUUGCAGAUUCCUACGAUCCCAUCUCAACAGAUGCAUCAAGGCGGUCAAGUGAGGCCAGUCAAUGUGAUGGGCUACCUGGGCUACUGAAUCUUACCCCAGCACAGCAAUAUCGGCUGAAAGUCAAAUAUGCUGCAGCCACAGGUGGACCACCACCAACUCCAUUGCCAAAUAUGGAGCGCAUGAGCCUAAAGACCAGGAUGGCUCUGUUUGGUGACUGCAGAGAGAAUGGCGUAUCUCCCUUUACCCAAGGAAAUAUUUCUCGAAGAUGCAGUGACGGUGGUGUCAGUGGGUAUGGCAGGAGGCUUCUGUUACCUCAUGAUUCUUACGGGAUAAGAAGAGCCAGUGAUCCAAUAAGGACUGCAGUAGAUCCUUUUUCUUCACCUCGAGUACAUCGAUUUAACAGUCUUAACAAUGUUAACCCUCUCCCUGUGCCUCCAUCAAUGGAACGACGCAAUCUCAGUCUUCAGAACUACACUCGCUCUGACGGAAACCUCCAUCGGAAUAUCUACUCUCCUUGCCCUCCAAGUAUUAGUGAAAAUGUUGUCCUGGAGGCCAUCGCUAUGGAAUCAUGCAGCCUUAUUGAUGAGGAUAUCCUGCCAGAUGAUGUAGUUCAGUACCUAAGUUCACAGAACAAUAAAUCGGGCAGUAAUAAUUUACAGAAUCCCAUAAAUAUGCCAAGUCAGGACAUAUACAGCCAUUUGCAAAACAUACAACCCAAUGAAAUACAACAAGAUAUCACAGGAAUUUUUCCUACUUUCGACCAGUCCCAUUCAAUCAACAAUUCGGUGAACCAGCAGUACCACAGCCCACAAGUAAACUCUGAAGCUAAUAAGGAUGAUCUGCCAAUUCAGUGGAAUGAAGUAAGCUCAGGAAGUGUCGACAUGUCACCUCAGAAACAAAAGUAUGGGCAGCGGUCCAUGGUUUCAAUGCAGCAAAGCCGUGCACUCGGGCUAUUCAACAACACAAUGAAUCCUCAACAAAACUUGCCAAAGGGUCAACAGAAUGUGUUUACAGGUCAACAAAAUGGCUUUCAGCAGUACAUGGAAGUGGCUCCGUACAGUGUUCAGCAGAGCAAUACUAAUGCAGGGAAUUCUUUCAAUCUCCAGUUAAGUAAAGGACAACAGCAUAACCGAAACCUGAACAGGCAGAUGUUGACUUCUGCAGGCAUUGAUUGCUCUUACAAUACAAACUCAGCGACGCAAGAGAUAGGGUUGAACUGUUUACAGUCCAAUAGCAGCCAAGAUGGGUCUAUGCUCUCUUCCGUGCCAACGGGUCACCAAGCAGUUAAGAUGUCCGAUGGAAUGCAAAACAGAAAUAUGAUGGUGCAGGAUUUCUUUCAGUGUCAGCAAACUGCGAAUCAGCAGAGAAAUGAAGGGUUGCACUUCCAUGGAAUGAAUAGACCUAUUCAAAUGAACGUCAGUGGCUCAGAUCUUAAUGGAGCAAGUAGUCAGCCACCUCAAGCUGCACUGUUUCCAGGACUUCAAGGUUCUCAGCACAUUUCUCAAAAUUUAGGAAAUCAACCAUUUGGAUUGUUCGUGACAAAAGCUCAUCAAGUAUAUGCAGCUCAUAAUGGCAACAAGCAGCAGCAGCAGCAGAGUCUACUGACAAGUAAUACGCCACAUCAGACCAUCAAUAAUAUUAACCAGAUGUUAAGCAUGACCAGUAUUAAGACCGAGAUGCAGGAUCAGAUUCAGACCUUUCGCAGCUCCUGUGCUAAUAUGCAGCAUUAUGCUGGUCAAGCGUAUGACCAGAACUCUAACUGCAAACAGCAAGCUAUGAAAGCUGGGUUGUUCACUGCUCAGGAGGUUAGCUGCCAGCUGCAACAGGCUGGCCAUUCAAAGUCUUCUGAACUGCUUUCCCCAGGUGCCAACCAAGUGACUAGCACAGUUGACAGCAAUAGCCUAGACACUCUACAGAUUGAUUUUGAUGCCAUCAUAGAUGAUGGGGACCAUGCCAGCUUAAUUUCAGGAGCCCUGAGUCCAAGCAUUCUGCAAAAUUUCUCCCAGACUUCUUCCCGCCUCAACACCCCCCGCACCUCUCUCACAUUCCACAGCAUGCCAGUGAGCACAUCAAACAUGGCCAUUGGCGACAUGACCUCCUUGCUCACGUCACUUGCAGAAGAAAGCAAAUUUCUUACCAUUAUGCCAUAAGACUUAAAAGAACUGAACAUCUACAUACAGACAGGGUCCUAUUAUCUUUAGUCACCUAUGUACUCUUAGCCAUUUCAUCCCACCUAUGGGAUGCAUUUCCAUUAUAUCCCUUUUAUGGGAUAAAGACAUCUGAAUUUAGGUAACCCCUAUGUACCAUGCUUGGGAGAAUGGGUCUUCCAUUGCAGUUUUGUUUUGAAAUGAACGGCAUCAGUGUUGUUUUUUUUUAAGUUAGUGGGUAUUUUUUUACUCUCUAACAGUGUUACUGAGAAAAGGAUUUGGGGUAAGUGUUUAAUAUGCAUGUUUAGAACACUAAAGUUAAAUAAGGCCAAACAUAAGCACUGUCUUCUAUAGUUAUCAUUACUACCGUAAGUUUUAUGCAUUUUGUCAGAUGUUAACAUUUUCACAAGAAGGUGUGUUUUGCUGCAGGGUAGUUAUUUUAAUGAACGAGUAUCCUUGUGAAAUUGUUGACUGAUUUGACCAGCUUCGUAAAUGAAGCCACCAAAAUUACCUGACUCAGGUAGGUCUUUUAUUUGUUCUUAAUAGUCUGUUGACCUACAGUUGUUUUAAAAGUGAUGUGAAAGGCUUUACAGCCAGCCAGAAUGCUUGAGUGUCUUUAUUUGAUAAUGUUAUAUCAGACAUUUUUACUGUUUUAACUUGUUUUAUUUGUACUGUUAUUUUGUUUAAUUCUCUUGUCAGGAAAGCCAUAUGGAGGCAGGUACUAGUUUUAGAACAAUUUUAAUGAUUGUUUUUUUUGUUUGGGCUCCAUAGUACUGUAUGCAGUCUAAAGUAGCUGUGAUCAUUUCUUAAUUGUUAGUCUAGUGAACUAGAAUGUAUUGGUUGCCCGUCAUGAAAAGCAGCAUGUUACUUGCUGAAUACAUGUCUAUUAGGUAUGUGCCUUAUUUUUUGUGUCAGUUUUACACAUAGGGACCAAGGAUACUGCCAAAUCUCUGAUUGAUAGAUGUGCUUGAUGUUAAGCAGUUAACACUCCACUGUUUAGUAUUUCCUCUCUGAGGUGUCACGUCUGAUGCCCUAGAAUCUGUGUAUUAAAGCUCAUGAAUUCUUCAGUUUAAAAACCUAUGCUAUUGUGGUGUAUCUUUCAAACUGGUAAAAUACACACAAUACCUUCAAUAAUUUCAGUAUUUUUUAGACUUCUUUUGGUGGAAAAACAUUAAUAAAAUGUAAUCCUCUUAAUGUAAAUACAUAAAAUAUAGAGUUAGGAUUGCCAUGAAGAAUUUUAGUGAUAUUGUUGACAUUUUCAGCUGUGAUCUGUAAGGCCCACGUAGCCUUUGACCAGACUGAAGUGUGUAGCAGUGUGUAUGUAUACAAUGUACUUUUGCUUUCAGAACCACUUAGCUAUUGUACAACUGAGGAACAAACAUUUGUACAAUUUUAAUAAACUUCUCAUUCUUAA